UGUUGGACGACAUCAGCUCCGCCCUACAGCAGUGCUGGCCAGGGGCGGCUUCCGGGAGCGAGGAUGGCGGCCGAUGCCAGCGCCGUUGCAGCGAUUGAUGCGGCAGAGAAAGCGCGAGGGAAAUACGCCGCGCUCUCCUUCGCCACCAUCGCCAUCGUGGUGGGGCUGCCUCUCUGGUGGAAGACGACGGAGACCUACCGAGCUUCGCUGCCUUACUCUGAGAUCGCCGAGUUGGACACGCUUCGGUUCCAGCUGACAGUGCCCAUCUCGGUCGUGUUUGCCAAAGGGUCCCUGCUGGGAGACCAGGAGCGGAAACUCCCAUUUAGAAAGACACAGGAGGUGGAGAUCCCCUUGCACUCCAAGACCAGCGUGACGUCCCGCUACGAGGUGUCUUACCGCCGUGCCACUUCUCAGGAGGAGAAGGCCUUGUCGCAGGCUUCAGCCCAAGAGGCGGAUGACCAGCUGCUUCCGAUGCAAGGGGCCACAGCCGGCUCGCUCACAAUAUACGUGAUCCUAAGGGAUUCUUUUCUCCUACCACAGGAGGUUGCCGUUUACAUUGGCAAGCACCGCAGCGCCGUGAUGAGGGCCCCUCGGGGCACAGAAGACAUGCUGGCGGCUGUGGCCACCCAAGUCCAAGAGGUGGCCCAUGCCAUGUCCUUCACUCCGGAGUCCAUCGCAGAGGCCCUCUCUGACCGCAUCCCCAUAGGCCAGCCGGGCACCGAAUGGAAGCGCCCUUUCAAGUCCAGUUUGGGGUACGAGAUCACCUUCAGCUUGCUGAACCCUGACCCAAGCGCGCACAGGGUCUCCUGGGACAUCGAGGGAGCCAUCGAGCGCUACGUGAAGCCCCUGUUGGGGAAACUGAGCAUGGUGGCAGAAUUCUCUGUGGACUCUCAGAUUCUGUACUAUGCCGCGCUGGGGGUCACGCCCCGCUUCGACGCAGGCUCCUCCGGCUACAUCCUGAGUGCAUACAGCCUCCCACACGUCAUUAAUCCCGUGGAAGCCAGGCUGGGAUCCAGCGCUGCCUCACUCUACCCCGUACUUAAUUUCCUGUUGUACGUGCCGGAGCGCUUGCACUCCCCCCUCUACAUCCAGGACAAGGACGGGGCUCCCGUGCCAACCAAUGCUUUCCACAGCCCCCGCUGGGGCGGGAUCAUGGUGUACAACGUCGACCCCGAAGCAGCCAACGAGACCUUGCUCCCAAGGAGGGUGGAUGUCGACAUGGUGCGGGUGAUGGAGGUGUUCCUGGCUCAGCUGCGGUUGCUGUUUGGGAUCUUGCCUGGGCCGCUGCCAGGUGGGGCCAUCCUGGCAAAUCCUGGGAACGAGGGUCUCUCCGACUGGGAGCUGGACCGCCUGCUGUGGGCUCGCACGGUGGAAAACGUGGCCACGGUGUCCACCACCCUCACUUCCCUGGCUGAGCUGCUGGACAAGAUCAGCAACAUUGUCAUCAAGGACGACGUGGCUUCUCAGGUGUACCAUGCCGUGGAGUUUGCCCAGGAGGCCAUAGCGGAGCUCAGCCGGGGCCACUUGGACUCUGCCUUCCAGGCCAGCAAGGCUGCCAUCACGUCCUCUGAACGGGCCUUUUUCGACCCUUCCCUCCUCCACCUCCUCUACUUCCCCGAUGACCAGAAAUUUGCCAUCUACAUUCCCCUCUUCCUCCCCAUGGCCGUCCCCAUCCUCCUGUCUCUGGUGAAGAUCGUCCGGGAGAUGAAGCAGAGCAAGAAAGGAACGAUAAAAGUGGACUGAGACCCUCCUCUUCCUCCUCGUCCCGGCCGCCGUGGACAUCUAGCACAGGCGGUGACGGAGGAGUCCGGAGCGCAUGGAGCAUGGGUGCAUCUCUCUCUUCUGGGGAGGGUUGCUGCAGCCUCAUCUUGACCGGUGUGUGUGUGUGUGGGGGGAUAGUCUGCAGCUUCUGAUCUUCACCAGCCUCUUUACAGGGUCUGCAACAGGAUUCAAGGGACGGUAGAGAAGAGUCUGUGAUAGGUUGGCGAUCGUCUCCCAUUUAAAGAAGAAUAUUAACAGUGUUUUGGGAUUUAUUUCCCUGCCAGUUUGUGUGUGCGUGCAUGUUUUAAAAAACAACCUCAGAAUUUCCCUUUUGCAGGAAGAAGCUUAGUGAUGGUGCCUUGGGGUGUAACAUGCCUUUCCUGUCGUUUCCGCCCCCUCUCCCCUAGCCAUUCCAGGGGUGGUGCUUUCCCCCCUCGUGAUCUUCGCUGGCAAGGGAGGCACCGGCUGGGCUUUUCAUGUGCCAUGCAAAGCUUGAGCCCAAAGGCAGUCCUGCCCUUCUCAUCGGCCAGGGGUCCCCCACUCUACCUGUGUAAAAAGGACGCAUUUGGAUGUUCAGUAAAAGUCGGGUUGGAUUGAAA